UUUUCUUUUUCUUUUUCUUUUUCUUUUUUUUUUUUUUUUUCUUUUUUAUAUAGUUGAUACAAUGAAUCGUGUGUUUUUAUAUAAGAAGUUUUGUCCAACUAUAAACUUGGCAUCGAGCUGGUAUUCCUCUCAUCAAAUCAACCAAUUCUUUAAAAACUUCAAAGCAACAAGUGCAAAAGAGUAAUCAAUCGUCUUUAUUAUCAAAUACAUUACGAGAACAAUUGAUCGAGCUCGAUACUUCUGAACGCAUCUCAUCGACUUCAACCAUUAAAAAACCCAAACUAAGGAUGAGAAAACCAGCAGGUAUUAAUGAACGUUUAAUUAAAGUACCGAAAAUUAUUGUACAGCCCAACAAUCCACACCUAUUGAAGGUAGCGCUUAUUGGACCUGCUAAUGCUGGGAAAUCGACGUUAGUUAAUAAGCUUAUUGGUGAAGAGAUCUCAGGGGUUUCUCAAAAAGCACAUACAACUCGAGAGAGGGUUGUAGGGAUUCUUACAGAGAAUGAUUAUCAGGUUGUUUUUUUAGAUACACCUGGUGUUAUUCCAGAUCGUAAUCAUGCAAAAAUGAAUCGUACAUUGGCAACUUCUUCAUGGCGAUCUUUAGAUGAAGCAGAUCACAUUCUUGUUGUUGUUGAUGCUCAACGAUCUCUUCAACCACAGGCUCGUAAAGUCGAAGAAUUUAUAUUAAAGCAAUUACAAAAUGUUCAUAUUCCAGCAACCUUGAUAUUUAACAAGAUGGAUCUGAUAAAUGAAGACAAUGAGUUGUUAAAAGAAGUAAAAGAUAGAUAUAACAGUGGUUAUUCACAUUUUAAAAGAACAUUAGAUAUAACAGCUAUUAACAACGAAGGGAUAGAGACUAUUAAGAACAUAUUAUUUGAAGAAUCUCCAGCAAAGCCUUGGAUAUUUCCAGCAGAUCAAAAGACAGAAAUGUCUGAUUUAAAACGCGUAGAGGAAAUAAUUCGAAUUGAACUUUUUAAGCGUUUACACCAAUAUCUUCCUUACAUGUUAAAGCAGGAAAAUGCUGGAUGGACAGUCUUAAAGGAUGGCACAUUACGCAUUGAUCAACAUGUAUAUGUAGAAAGAGAUAGUCAACAAAAGAUUGUGAUUGGUCAAAAUGGUCGUAUUAUCGACACCGUGAUUGAAAAAGCAAGAAAACAAAUCAGUCAAGCAUUUAAUAGACCCAUAAAAUUAUUUAUACAAGUUAAAACUAGAAAAAAUAGUAUCAUUUCUCAAGGGUAAUAAUUUAUUGUUUUGAUGAUAAUAAUUCAUCUAUUUUGGUCAUGCCAUCAAAGAAUGAUUGUCUAUCCAAUAAUCCUUUUGGAUCUGGUCCACACUCACGCCAAAUACGGGCUAAAUUUUCAUUUGAAAGUUUGCUUUUUGACCAAAUAAAAUGUAUAGUUUCUCCAUCUACAUAACCGUUAUCUUGAAUAUCAUCAAAUAAAAUAUCAUAACGAUGCUUUGAUGCAUU